CAACAUUAAAUUUGUGCAAUUAACAACAGAGGUCGUACAGAAAAUACUCAUCAGUAGGAGUUUCCAUAGUUAAAUGGCUUCAUCCCUUGUUUCCGUAACUCCCUUUUUCAUGGGUAGAAACCCUAAGAUUGGGCCACAGAGAUGUAGCAAGAGUGCCACUGUUGUUGGUAGCACCCAAAUUUCGUGUUUAUCGGCCAAAAGGCGGUCGGGAAACUUCCUGCCUCCCCUUUGGAACGACCAUGAUCUGCAGUUAUUGACAAGUAAUUAUAAGGGAGACGAGUACGGUGGGCAAGUUGAAGAGCUAAAAGGAAGAGUUAGGAUGAUGCUAAACGACAUGGGAGGCGAUGAGCCGUUGGAUGAGCUUGAGAUGAUCGAUAACCUGCUGAGGCUUGGAGUGGCGUAUCAUUUUGAUGAUGAGAUUCACAACAUUUUAGGGAAUAUCUACAGGAACAACGACAGCAAUCAAAUUAAAAAGGAUAAUCUAUAUGCAACUGCUUUGGAAUUUAGGCUCCUCAGGGAACAUGGAUAUCAUUCAUCUCCAGAGGUUUUUGACAGCUUUAGGGACAAAGAAGGCAAUUUCAGGCUAUCUCUACGUGAUGAUAUCAAGGGAAUGGUGAGCUUGUAUGAAGCUUCAUACCACUGUUUCGAAGGAGAAAGCAUCAUGGAAGCAGCUUGGCAAUUCACGUCUAAACAUCUCAAACAUGUCAGUAACGUUGAUCCUAAUCUUGCCAUCCAAGUCACCCAUGCACUGGACCUUCCACUACACUGGAGGAUACCAAGGUUAGAAGCAAGGUGGUAUAUUGAUGUAUAUGAAAGAAGAGCCAACUUCAACCCCACUGUAUUAAACCUAGCAAAGUUGGAUUUCAACAUUUUGCAAGGAUUGUAUCAAGAAGAACUCAAUGAUUUGUCGAGGUGGUGGAAGAACACUGGUCUUGGAGACAGAUUGAGCUUUGCCAGGGAUAGGUUAGUGGAAUCCUUCUUUUGGGCAGUGGCGAUAGCUUUCAAGCCUCAGUUAGGGAGCUGCCGGGAAGUUAUCACAAAGGCGAUUCAACUAAUCACAGUGAUUGAUGAUAUUUAUGACGUCUAUGGUACACUAGAUGAACUUGUGCUCUUCACCGACGCCGUUGAGAGGUGGGAUAAUAAGGCAAUGAAACAACUUCCGGACUAUAUGAAGAUAUGCUUCUUUGCACUUUACAACACAGUUAAUGAGAUGGCAUACGACAUUCUCAAGGAGCAAGGUCAUGAUGUUGUGUUGGAUCUUAAAAAUAAGUGGGUUGAUUUACUGAGAGCCUACUUGUUGGAGGCAAGAUGGUACCACAGUGGAUAUAAACCAAGUUUUGAAGAGUACCUGAAAAAUGGCUGGAUAUCAAUCUCAGGCCCUCUAAUUGCAGUUCAGUCAAGUCUAUUUGUAACAGAUCAGAUAAACCAGAAGGAAUUAGAAUUCCUUGAAAGCUACCCUGAGUUAUUAUAUUGGUCAUCGUUGAUUUUUCGACUUCAAAACGAUUUGGGAACGUCUUCGGAGGAAUUGAAGAGAGGCGAUGUUGCUAAAUCUAUCCAGUGUUACAUGUAUGAAAAUGGAGUCUCCGAGGGAGCUGCCCGUGAACACAUUGAGAAUGCAAUGAGAGAAGCAUGGAAAAAGGUGAAUGUGAACCGAGCUGGUGUGGGCCUAUUAACCGGCACUGUCACUGAACACAUGCUGAAUCUGGCGAGGACUGCUCACUGUGUUUAUCGACAUGGAGAUGGAUUUGGUAAUGAAAACUUCAACGUCAAACAUGAUGUCAUGUCGUUGCUAUUUGAUCCUAUCUCUUUAUAAAUGUAAUACUAGAAAUGCUCCUUUAUAUAUAUGUAAGCCGGUCUUCUUCCACUUGGAAGAUAUUCAGCUUAA